AUGGCUGACCGCUUCCCUUCUCUGGAGGACUUCUCUGAAGGUACGCUCCACCCACUUUAUGAGAUCCGCACGCUCACUCCAACACUGUCAUUAGGUCAAACUGAGGUCGUUGAGAACAACGGUGCAACAGAAGAUGACUUCCUCGCUCGCGAACGUGCCGCACUCGGAGAAGAUGCCGACCAAUUUGCGACCCCCCAGGACCACGUUGCCGGCAAUGAUGAUCUAGACACUGGUGCCGACCUGCUUGGCGGCGGAAGCAACGACACACCCGCGGAGGAGAUUGGACAAUUCGAGUCUUCCUUCCCUUCAAUGGAAACCCAAACGCAGAAUGAGAGAGUCGCCCCUGGCGGUACAAUCACCGGAACAGGUUCCCCUUUCCCUGCUACUGGUUAUACCAGCACUCAAGAGCCUGAAGAAGAGCCCGAAGCUGUUCGUGAAUGGCGUGAAAAGCGAGACUCUGAAAUUUCCCGUCGCGCGGAAGUUUCUAACGAGAAGAAGGAAGCUACCACCAAGAAGGCCCGCGAGGACAUUGACGACUUUUAUGUUUCCUACAACAAUAAGUCGGACAAACACCGCACUCAGACCCGCUCUGAGGCUGAACAGUUCCUUGCUAAUCGCGAGGAUACCUCGGCUGGUGGCACCAGCUGGGAGCGAAUUGCCAAGCUGGUUGAUGUUUCGGGCAAGGGCCCCACGGGUGGUGCAAGUGGCUCUGGCAAGGAACGAUUCCGUGAAUUGUUGAUCGAUCUCCGGAAAGACCAAGAGGCCCCGGGUGCUAGCGGUAUCUAG